UUAAAGAAGCACAUCUCUUUACUCACUUCACGAUUCCCCCGUCUCGUGUUUCUCUCUCACUUCUUCUUCUUCAUGAGUUUUCUCUCUUCUUCGGUCUUCAUCGAGGUCAAAUCCGCAGAGAAUUUGAUGCUUUAACAGCCAAAACAGAGGCAGACACAUACAUGUGUGAUGUCUCCAUAAUCCCAUUAUUAUUAUUAUUAUUAACUCACCACCAAUUCUUACAAUUCUUACUUCUCUCAUAAAUUCCCAUCCUUUUCAGAUCCAACACUCUCCAAAAACCCAGAUUAACAAAAAAGGAAAUUUGGACAAACCCAUCUCAGAGCAGAAUCUGGAGAGAGAAUGGGAGUCAUAUUGGACUCAUGGUGCUUUUGCAAAGGAGUAGGUAAAAGCGAGAAGAUGAAAGGUUCCAUUUUCUCCGGCAAAGCUCCGGCGAUGGCUCGAAUCACCGUCUCCGGACCAAAUGGGAUUUCUUCCGGUACCGGAUUCCUCAUUCACCGGAAUCUUCUUCUCACCACUCACCUCAAUCUCCCUUCCAUCUCCGCCACCGAAACUGCCGAGGUCCGCCUUCAGAACGGUGUCGCCGCCGCUCUCUUCCCCCACAGGUUUUUCAUCACAAGUUCCGUGAUUGAUCUCACCAUAGUUGGCUUAGACCUUGUUGAUGGAGACUCAAAUUCCCAGACUCAAACCCAACAGCCACAUUACCUGAAGACAUGUUCCAAACCAAACCUGGAUCUAGGAAGUGUAGUGUACCUCUUAGGCUAUGCCGCUCAGAACGAGCUCAAGAUUGGUGAGGGGAAGUUAGUGGUAGCUACCGACAAUCUCAUCAAACUAUCCACCGAUGAAAUGAUCUGGAGUCCUGGUUCUGCUGGUUUUGAUGUUCAAGGGAAUCUCGCAUUCAUGAUCUGCGAUCCAAGAAAACUAGCGACAUCACCAGCCUCAACCUCCACAUCUUCCACUUCAUCAUUGAAGAAAGACAACAACAAGACACUGAUGAUGCAGUUUGGUAUACCCAUACCAGUGAUCUGUGACUGGCUGAAUCAGCAUUGGGAAGGUAGUUUGGAUGAACAUAUGACCAAACCCAAGUUGCCUCUCAUUCGGUUAAUGUCUUCUGGUCAGAAGAGCGAGCGCUCUUGUACUUCCUUCACCAUGCGCCGUGUUUUCAAGCCAGCUGACUCUGCUGAUGUUGGAACACCAUCUUCAUCUAACACUAGAGAUCAAACUCACCUGAGCUCUUCUAUCGCCGCUGAGGAAGAAAAAGAAGAAGAAACCUCAAAAAACAAUCCACAAGGCGGAACUGCUUCUACUACUCAUGCACAGGGUAUCCCGACUCCUGAGAUAUAUGAAUCGCCAAAGUUAACGUCAGGUCCUUUGAGAAAGGAGGCUGGUCAAGUACAUCUUUUGGAUAUCAACUUCCCUCCACGAAUACCUAAAGUUACAACAUUUCUUCCUCAGCACAAUUCUCCACAGAGUAAUCAUGUGGUGGAAGAGGCUGAGAUUGCCUCUGAGGGAUCAGAUGCGCAGAUUGCUUCAACAGGUUCAGUAAACGGCGCUCUCAGUGAGGUCAUCUCAAGUUCACCGCCACCAGAAGCACACUAUGUAUAUAACAAUCAUGGAUACAGCAGCGAGGAAGAGACAAUGUACUCUGCAGAAACAGCUGAGAGCCGAAACUAUCCAACUCCUCCAAUAAAAAGCGAGUUUCAUCAUGAGAGAGUUGGAAGGAGCCAAAGCUGUGUGAGCUCCAGCAGGUGGGGAACACCGCAGAAGAGUUUGAGCGGUAGAAGAGCUAUGCUGGAGAAACAGAGAAGCUUCGUCCAUGGAAAGAAAAUGCUUUCACAAGGAGCAACCUCGCAGAGGAGUAAUGACUAUUACAGCCCAACGGUCUCAUCAAUCAUGAAGAAAAGGAAUAACAGUUCAGAGCAACCGAUUUUCAAACCGGUACCUAGACCUAGGGCUGUUAGUUCUUCCCCGAGAUGGAUGUUUUGAGACCGAUACAGACCAAACACCUUCAUAGAAAGAGAGAGACAUCUUUGUUUAAAUUUUGAUGUCUUGCAUUCUUGUAAAACUAAUUUGAUUUCAACUCUUGUGCAGACAUA